GCAACUAGCGAACCGGAAUAGCCAGUAAAAAGUUUGUAAAAGAAGCAUAUACUACCCCACUUUCCUUCUCAUAAAACCUCCACCUGUCCGUUUUUAUCCGUUACCUUCCCUUCCUCUCCCUCGCUCUCCUUACAAAUACUCCCCCAAAACACAUACCCUAAUCAUCUCAGCUCUCGUCUUUACUAUUCAUUUCCUCCUACAACUCUAGGGUCUUUGAAACAGCUUGCUCUCGAAAGUCUUAGAAAUGGCUACUAAUCUCGUCCCCUUGGGUUACGUCGCCAUCAGAGCCUCUGCUGCACCGGUUCCCCAUAGAUCCGACCCGAAUGGUCGGAAAAGCUUUUCCUCGCCAUCGGCCAACUGGUGGAGCCCGCUCUUUGGGUGGUCCUCUGAGCCCGACUACAUUGGCUCUGAGAGUAAACCGGGAGAUUUGCAAGAGAAAAAGGAGGUCAAAUCAGAGUCGGAUCUUGAGCCGAAAUCGGCGAGAUCUCGGUUUGCACCUGGUGGCUUCACUGAGGAGAAGGCGAAACAACUCCGCAUGUUGACUAGUGAUACGUCGUCGUUUCACGAUGCUAUGUAUCACUCGGCGAUAGCGUCUCGGCUCGCUUCAGACUUCAGGCGCCGAUCCGAUCGGUAGUCGUCCGGGGAAUACGGCUAGUAACCGGAUCUUUCAUGUAUUUCAUAAAUUUUUCUUCUUCUUUUCUUAAUAUAUAAAUAGUUUCGUGAGUAAAACUUAAUCUGGGUUGCAGUUUCUUGAUGAUCAUAGAGUAAGAGAUGCUUAAUCUUGUAAUUAUUUAGCUGAAAGAAACGGUAUGUUUAAAUUAUUCAUGUACAAAUUUAAUAAAUUUCAUUGCCGUUUUAAUUGCA